UCUAGUUAUAGACUUGCUGCAAUGGGCUGUUUUCAUUCACCACCUCGUUACCAGCUCUUUGGGAGCAUCCAUUCUACCAUUGCCUAUAUAAUCUAAUGCCAGACCCUCCGAGGCCGCUACGUGCGCUUCAUCUCUGUGAUGAAUGAGUUCCAUUCAGUCUGGACACUCAUCCCCUUCCAUUCGUUGAUUUUCGGCUCCUGUAAUGGCUCAAAUAUACCUCAUUUCAUUGCUUGUUCUCGUGUGCGUCCACCCUCCAUUUGCCAUCGCCAACCACUGCCAAAUCACCAUUUCCGCCACCUUCUUCGUCUCUGCCUGUCUCGAGCCGUCCGGCUCUUUUUCUGGUCCCUCCUCCCCCACCCCCUCUGCCUUUUCGUCCGUCUCUGCAAAGGCGACGGAUCUCGAGUGCUGACGUAGGGCUCCAGUUUUCUCAAAUAUUUCCGCCUCAUCGUCAAUUGCAUAGCGUAUUGGUGUUAUAAGCCUGUUCCUUUAUCGGACGAGCCUCGAUUCACGCCUAACGAUGUCACGGUUGUAAUUCCCUCGCUUGACGGCGACAACGACGAACUGCGGGAGACGGUUCGAUCCGUGUUGACGAACGAUCCGCACAAAGUAAUCCUGGUCACGAUUGAUGCCAAUCUCGAGAAGGCCGAGAGCGCUUUUCUCAAGAUGUCAGAAAAAAUCGAAAUACACUCGAUACCAAAGGCCAACAAGCGACGCCAGUUGUGCAAGGCCUUGCCGUUGGUGACGACGGAGAUCACCAUCCUCGCGGACGAUGAUGUCAGUUGGCCGCCCAACCUGCUCCCGUGGAUGCUCGCACCGUUCGAAGACGAGAAAAUGGGCGGCGUGGGAACAAAUCAGCGGCUGCGUCGAGAGAAGAAUCCGAACAUAUGGAAUUUCCUGGGGGCGGCAUAUUUGAUCCGUCGAAAUUGGGACUGUACGGCUUGCGAGUUCAUGGACGGGGGAUUGCCGUGUCUCUCUGGUCGAACGGUGGCGUACAGAACGGACAUCAUAAACGAUCCCGAGUUCAUUUAUUCAUUCACACACGAGACGUGGCGAUCGUGCCAGCUGAAUGCCGACGACGACAACUUCCUCACCCGCUGGAUGGUGAACCACGGCUGGAAGACUUGGAUUCAGCACCACCGAGACUGCGAGGUUCAGACGACGUUAGAGAACAACAGUAAAUAUUUGCUACAGUGCCUACGCUGGGCUCGAAGCAACUGGAGAUCGAACCUCAAAAGCCUGUUUGUCGAAGGGACCGUCUGGAGACGCCAUCCGUGGAGCACAUUCGCCGUUUUCCAAACAACCCUGACCAGUUGGUCUUUGCCGUACGACGCCUCGAUGCUAUGGCUUUUUUGGCAGGUCACUUCGACCAUGCAACACGACACACAGCGAAUUGUCCGAAUCCUGUUUCUUUUCUGGGUCGUUCUCAUUUGCCGAGUAGUGAAGUACAUGGGUCACUUCGCGCGAUAUCCUGAGGACUUGAAGUACAUCAUGCUUAUCCCCCUUUUUGGUUAUUUCCAUUCUUGUUCCAUAAAGCUAUAUGCCAUGCUUACCAUGCAUGUUACCACCUGGGGAAGCAGAGAAGGUGCUGAUGUUGAUGACGCCUGGAGAUUGAUCCACCUGCCAGGUUACAGCCCCAGUGGAAGUGAUCGCAGAAAACCUAAUGUCGUAAACGAGAUCGACGAGCAUUAUCUCGAGGAGCUCGAAGAGCAACGCCUACUUCUGCCCAAGUACGAUGACGACGCAUGAAACGAAGUCACUCGAUGCCUCAGGUCCAGGUCGCACAGGUCCGGCCUGGCCGUAGGAAACGACUUUCCGUUUUUACCAUUUUUCCACCCACAUUUUUCCGGUUUUCAUUCGGGAUUCUGGCGGUUACAUGUCUCGGCAAAAGCUUUUCUUUUUUGUUCACGAUCAUUGUCAUCCAGGUUUGUUCAUUAGAGGCGAAAUUCAUCCGCAGAGAUGACGAAUCGGCUCGAUUUGUGCCUGGCAAAAAGUGGGAUUUGGUUCAGGAUUUUAGAGGCUGCAAGAGUUGCGGCCCUGGCAUAUUUCUGCAUUUACCAUUAGUCACCCAUACCCUCGAAACGCGCGGUGGCCACCUCAAUGGACUGUUGAUGGAGUGUAAUGAUACCUUUCUUUCCCACUACUGUGAUCGUCGCCCUGUUCUGGGCUCCACGACAGCAACGCCCUCUUUUUUGACCAUCAUCAAGGGCGAACAGCGGGGAGUUCCUUCUCCGCACGCGAGCUUGUGGCUUAUCGACCCUCACCAAAUUGGAUCGGUUACGAGUGUGGGCUGGAUUUUUGUUCCUCUUUGACAGCCACGUCCGUAUUUGCCAAUCAACAGCGCUGGGAAAUUGUCACGACACCUUUCGAGUCAAGUCCGAGCCGAGAGCUUGGACCUCCCUAGAUCGCUGUAUCAAAGGCGGGGUGCACCGCUCACGAGCUGCAUAUGUAACUCCUCAUCUUCGCGUCGCUGAGCAAAAUGUACCCUGUCGUGCGUGCCGAGUGCUGAAGCAGCUGACAACUGUGUGCUCUCAUUAGCUGAUGCAAACCGUGGUGUUGAGCAACGUUUCAGCGCCGCCGAGCUUCAAACGUAGCGCUUUCGUCAUCUUGGACAGCAGAUCCUUCUCCAGCAACCCUCGUCAUUGCCGAUUAUGCCCG